GGGCGGGCGGUGGAGCAGGAGGGCAGGGCUGUGCGCGCACAUUCUCUCUCUCUCUCUCUCCCCCCUUCUGUGUGUGCACACGGGCGGUGCGUUCAUCUUCCCCACACCAACCCCAGCGUCCCUCCUCUAAACGCAGCCACCUCCCCGCCCUACCUCCCUCCCUUCAGUUUAAUAACGUCAGCGAAAAGUACAAGCGGGGCGAUUGUUGACGGCGCGGACAAGGUUUUUUAAUGUGGCUCCGUGUGUCCAUGUGAGGAGGAGGAGGAGGAGGAGGUGGUGGGGAGGGGGGAGGAAUUUGUUAUUUUUUUUGGGGAAAGAAAAGCCAAAAAAAAUCAAGGGAUUAAAAGAAAGAAAAUCAAACCCACCUUCUCCCCUCCCCCCCCAUUCCCAAACCCCUCUCUCCUCCCCCUUUUUAAAACCCCCAAGAAGUGAGGGAGGGAAGGUGGAAGAGGAGGAAAAAAAAGAGGAUAUCCAAUGAUAUAACAACAAGACAGGCUCAGCGCAACAACCAUCUCUCUGUCUGUCUGUCUCUUCCUCCACCCCCCCCCUCCACCCCUCCAAUAAAUAUUUAUAUGAAAAAGAUAGUGGAUGAUCGAUUUAUCAUGGAGGAUAAGAAAGAUGAGCACGAGUCAGAGAUACAGGAACAUUGCCCCGAACACUGGUUUUCCAAAUGGGAGAGGCAGUGCCUGGCGGAGAGCGAGCAAGAGGAGCAGACCCAGGAGGAGAGGGCGUCGCUAGAGGAAGAGCAGACCCAGCAAAAACUUUGGCAUUUAUUUCAAAAUUCGGCCACCGCCGUCGCCCAGUUAUACAAAGAUCGAGUCUGUCAACAACAAGGGCUGUCACUCUGGGUCCCCUUUCAAAAUGCCGCUUCGGCUGUCACCAAUGUGUAUAAAGAAAGUAUUGAAGCUCAUCGCCGAAGCUAUGACUUAGGAAUUCAGCUCGGUUAUCAACGGCGUAAUAAGGAUGUGUUAGCUUGGGUAAAAAAGCGGAGACGAACUAUUCGACGAGAAGAUUUGAUCAGCUUUUUGUGUGGAAAAGCUCCACCACCACGCAACACCAGAGCACCCCCUAGACUGACAGUAGUAACCUCACCCACUAGAACACCCACAACAGAAACUAGUUCAUCUGUAGAGACUGACUUGCAGCCUUUUCGUGAAGCCAUUGCACUGCAUGGUCUUAGUGGAGCAAUGGCUAGUAUAAGUGUGCGCUCAAGUACUCCAGGGUCUCCCACUCAUGUGAGUGGUAGCUCCAACACUUCCCGCAGGAGAAAUGGACUCCAUGAUGUGGAUUUGAACACUUUCAUAUCAGAAGAAAUGGCACUCCAUUUGGACAAUGGUGGCACAAGGAAGCGUACCUCAGCCCAGUGUACUGAUGUCAUCACAGACUCCCCAACGCACAAGCGCAAUCGAAUGCUUUGAACUUUUAUGAUUGCUGUGCUACUUGAAAGCCACUUGAUACUCGACACUUUCUUGAAUGGAAAUGGAGGGCCAUCAUAACUUGUUUGAUUUGUGAAAGUACAAGUGAAUUCAAUAAUGAUUGCCGUAAAGGAAGUUCUAACUAAUGCAGUAGAUGCCUCUUGUAAUUAUGGCUUUUCCAAUACUGGUCUUGUGACAGAGGACAUCCAAUCAUUUGUGUGCUAGUUAGCAAGAUCAUCAUAGGUGAACACAUUAGAUUCCAAGCUAAAGUGACCUUAACUUGUUUCCUUUUAAAGGGGAGGGUAACAUUGGAUGUUAAUUUGGUUAAACCUGUUAAUUGCCCGUUUUAUUUCCUUGUGUUGACUGUCUGCUUCAACAGUAUUGCCAGUAUAUCACUGAUAGUCUGUUAAAAUGGCAUCUUCCGUCAAAUCUGCAGACUUCCAUUUUACAGCACUGUACUAAGACACUACUGGUUUUUGUAUAGUGCAAGCGUAUAAGUUGUAUCAAUAUUGGACUAUUUUUAGUUAAACUCAAGCAGCUGCUAAUUCUGUGGAUUGUGGAAAUGGUGCUAUGAUGGUCAUGCAAUUAAUACUAAAUAUCAAAUCAACAUAAAAGAUCUUUAUUGGAUUCACUUCUUGUGUUUUAAGUGUUGCAAAAAUUACAACAAUAAUAUUGACUUUCCCAUAAAAAUUCUAAAAACUUAUGUUUAAAUAUAUAAAUAUAUAUAAAUAUAUGUAAUGUAUAUACUAAGCAUUUGGAUGCUGGUAUAGUACUCGUGCUACAUAAUGUAAAUAAAAUGUGCACACCAAA